AUGGGUCGUCGGACAUCUUUCAACCCGACAGAAACCAUCUCAUUAAACUCCCCCAUUGACUCUUCCGUCGACUCUUCCCCCCGCCUUGGCCCUUCACGCGACCCAGAUGCCCCGCAAAAGCGCUGGUAUCACUACGUUCCGCUCUCUGCGGGUAUAUUCCUUCUCCUUGCCCCUCAACCGUCGUGGUUGUAUGUCCUUGUCGACUACCAUCUCAAAACCGUGCACCAUAGAGCGGCAUUCUUCACACACCUCCUCAUUACCUACGCCCUCUUCUUCAUGACCUUCUCCGCCCUCAUUGUCUGCGUCGUGCGCGACCCUGGACCAGUUACUGACGAACCCAAGAACGAGGAUUCAGAGGGACUUAUGACCGGCCAGGACGACUUUUUGGCGCCAGGAAGGUGGUGUCGCAAGUGUUGGGCUCCGAAACCAGAACGGGCACACCAUUGUAGCAUAUGUGGUCGUUGUGUACUGAAAAUGGACCACCACUGUCCGUGGCUCGGCGCUAAAUGCAUUGGCCAUCGAACCUACCCAGCCUUUCUUCAUUUCCUCCUCUGUAUCACCCUUGUAUCGUUUUAUAUCGCCACCGUUUGUGGUUCUGUUUUGUGGCAUGCUUUCUCAGACCCCAUUCGCAUGAACGAACUAAUGCCUCUACAUGGGAUAUUCCUCACCUUCUACGGCCUCAUCUUCGGGCUUGUCAUCGGCUCGUUCUACUGCUGGCAUCUCUAUCUCGUCUUCAUCAACCAAACAACCAUCGAAAACCUCUCACCAUUCCUUCUGCUCAGACACCUCCCACCGCUUCCCCGCACCGGACACGAUCUCUCCGACCCACCCCUAGAAUUAGAACUAUCACGUUCCCAGCGGAGGCUUGUCCGUGACGCCCACGGUCAUAUUCACCUCUAUGACCUCGGCUGGCGGCGCAACUUUGCGCAAGUGUUUGGCUGGAAACACCCGUGGGGCUGGGUGCCGCGGCUCUGGUUCGGCGGCGCGUCGCCUGGUGACGGCCGCAACUUUCCGCGAAGUCCUAAAUCGGACGAGCUACUCCAACGGCUCGCAACAGAGCUUACCAAUGCGGAAGACGCACCGCCGUCGUUUGAGACUGUGAUAGCUCUGGUGCUUACAAGGAAUGCGCAGCAGCUUAGGCAGCGAGACAUGCCUUGGUCAUCGACAAGCGAUGCCGCCGCGGCUAAGGCGCAGCGGGCAACGUCGGCGUUGAACUUGGGUUUCUUCAAAAGCCUCCGAGGAGGAACGAUUGUGGGGUACAAAAGUUAA